UUUAUCUUACUGUUUUUCUUUUACAUUAUAAUCUACACUUGCAAAGUUGAUCUUAACCCUCUCGCUUCAGUCAUGGCAAAUCUAACACUAGAGCUUAAAAUUAACUCCGCAAGCAACCUUGUGAAUGUCAAUCUCAUAACAAAGAUGGACGUGUACGCCAACAUCACCAUUCAUGGCGAAAAUAUCCGAAAGAAUCAGAAGGCAAAAACCAAUGUCGAUCGCUCUGGUGGAUCUAAUCCAAUUUGGAAUCAUCCGGUCAAAUUUUAUGUAGAUGAGAAAUCAGCCUCUGGCGGUCAUUUGACACUUGUCAUAAGACUGAUCUCUCGUCGAAUCCUGGGCAACAAAGAAAUCGGAAGAGUUAAUGUCCCAUUACUUGAACUUUUAAAUUCAAUUAAUAGUGAUGGUAAUAAUCAAGGCAUGAAACUGAUGACAUAUCAAGUUAGAACUUCGUCAGGUAAACGGUCAGGUUCUUUAACUUUCUUAUACCGGUUUAAACCAGAUUCGCUAGCGAUUUUUAAUCAGGUAGUUCCUGUUGAGCCGCCGGUAAACGCAGCAAUUUAUCCACCACUGCCUCAAAUCGCACGUCAACCUUCAGCUCCACUAGAAAUGCCGAUUGAGUUUCCUAAGCUGCCUCAGCCGCCGUAUAUUCUAAAACAUCCUUUUGUGGCCAAAUCGAGCAACGAUCCUCUUCCAAUAUCUUACGGUGCUGUGAUGACAGAGGAAGCCGAUCAAGCUAACAAUCACGCGUUAUAUGCGCCACCACCACCAUCAAGCCACCAAAAAUAUGGACCGUAUGGUUAUGCGCUGCCGUCACAGGGAUAUGGAGACGCAAGUCCACCGUAUCAACAUCGAAAGGAGAUUGGCCUUGGCAUUGGAUUGGGAGCUGGCCUUUUGGGAGGAAUGAUGAUGGGAGAUAUUGUAUCUGAUGUGGCAAAUUGUUAUGAUUUUUAAUUUUUUUUCCUUACUUGUUUUCUUUGGAAAAUUUCUUUCCCCUAUGGACAAGAACUCAUCAACGUUAAUGUGUCUUCUAUAUUUUGUU